AUGACCAUUCUACCCACUAUCGAUGUCGCCAUCACUGUUUCGCCCGGCGUUUUUGAUAUCGACGGAUCUACCAACCUGAACAUCAGCCUCAGCCUCACACUUCGUCACGACAAACCGAUUACCUUGUACAAGCGAUACACGAGUCUUUUCGACGGCAAGAUCCUUCGGGCUUCUGGGUUCACGUUUACCGAUAUCGAUACUGGGCAACAGAUGCCACGCAACAGGAGAGAUAUGUACUAUCUCGAUAGCGAGGGCGAAAUUUCAUGGGCUACUAGACGUGGUUACGUCACGCUGUACCCGGGGGAAAGGCAUGUUCUCGAAACAGGCUUUACAUCCUGGGGUGCUAAAGAACGGGAGAAGAAAUGCUCCAACGCAUCAGUCCUGAGAUGGGUGAGGUUUGCUGGAUUCAAAGACGGAUAG